UCCAGAACUCUCGUCUACACCUACAUCAUCGCCCCACCAAUCCUCUCGCAACCACCACCAACCGCAACACAAACCCCACAGCACAACACGAUGUUCCCGCCACCACGCGCAAUCCUGCGCUCUCUUCCCGCCGCGCCCAGCACCACUACGCUUCUCCGCUCCGCCUCUACCUCCACCGGCACCAGCACCACAACCACCACGCACAGCAACACCGCCGCCGCUGCCGCACCGACAGGACAGCUGAGCUGGGACACGUUCCUGCAGCUUCGUCGUCUCCGGCGGCGCUACAACCUCGCGUCGAGCGUCGUCACGUCGUUCGCCGGCACGAUGGCGGGAAUGGGCUACCUCGCGAACAAGGAGAUCGACGUGACACAGACGAUUCUCGGCAUGGACCCGCUGAUCAUGUUUGGGCUGGCCACGGUCGGGUGCGGCGCGGCCGGAUGGCUUGUCGGGCCUAGUCUGGGUGGCGCGACGUUCAACCUGCUUCAGAAGCGCUGGGUGAAACAGAUUUCGGUGAAGGAGAAAGAGUUCCUGAAUCACAUCAAGAAGAACCGCGUCGACCCGUCGUUCCAGAGCUUUUCGAAUCCAGUGCCCGACUACUACGGCGAGAAGAUUGGGAGCGUUAAGCAGUACCGGCAGUGGCUGAAGGAUCAGCGGGCGUACAACAAGAAGCGCGAGGCGUUUUUGUAGGAGGACGGGAGGCAUUAUCUAUACUG